UCAUGAACACCAAUUAAUCUACAAAUACCAAAGAACUUUCUGAUGAAGGUACCAAAUCAACAUUUAUUUAUAUUAGAAUUUAUGAAACUUCAUGCAAAGUAAUUCUAUAGAACUCAUGGAUAAUUGAUUGGAAGCAAGUAGUCCUACAUUCCGAUUCCAAAAGAGUACAAUCAUAAUGGAAAAUUCACUGAUGUAAAUAUUUAAUAAAUUUCAGCAUUUAUUAAUGGCCACUAUGUAUAGAAACAAUAGUUUGAAUACAACUUGCGAUAAAGAACGUUGGAUUAAUGGUUCAAAAGAUUGGAUGGAACAUUUAUAAUGAA